CUCCCUCUCCGGCGCGCCCAUGUCCUCGACGCCGGUGCGCUCGCCCACCCUGCGGCCGCACAGGAUGAAGAAGGACGAGUCCUUCCUGGGCAAGCUCGGCGGGACGCUGGCCAGGAAGAAGAAAGCCCGAGAGGUGACUGACCUGCAAGAAGAGGGUAAAAAUGCUAUCAAUGCGCCGAUGUCCCCUGCUCUCCCGGAUCUGCACCCGGAAGAUACUUUACUCGAGGAGAAUGAAGAACGCACCAUGAUUGAUCCCAACUCAAAGGAGGAAGCCAAAUUUAAAGAACUCAUCAAGGUUUUAAUUGACUGGAUAAAUGAUGUCCUGGUUGAAGAAAGAAUCAUUGUCAAGCAGCUUGAGGAGGAUGUCUAUGAUGGGCAGGUGCUGCAGAAGCUCUUGGAGAAACUAGCUGGCCGCAAGCUGAAUGUGGCCGAAGUGACACAGUCGGAAAUAGGCCAGAAACAAAAGCUGCAAACUGUCCUGGAAGCUGUCCACGAUUUACUGCGACCCCAUGGCUGGGCUAUCAAGUGGAACGUUGACUCAAUCCAUGGCAAGAACCUGGUGUCCAUUCUCCACCUGCUGGUAGCUCUGGCGAUGCAUUUCCGGGCUCCCAUCCGACUUCCUGAACAUGUUUCUGUGCAAGUGGUUGUUGUAAGGAAGCGGGAAGGUCUUCUCCAGACAGCCCAGGUCACAGAAGAGCUCACCACCACCACAGAGAUGAUGAUGGGUAGAUUUGAGCGAGAUGCUUUUGACACCCUCUUUGACCACGCUCCUGAUAAACUAAGUGUCGUAAAAAAGUCCCUGAUCACUUUUGUGAACAAGCACCUAAAUAAACUUAAUCUGGAAGUGACAGAAUUAGAAACCCAGUUUGCAGAUGGCGUCUACCUGGUUUUACUGAUGGGUCUCCUUGAGGACUAUUUUGUUCCGCUCCACAAUUUCUAUUUAACGCCUGAAAGUUUUGAUCAGAAGGUUCACAAUGUUUCCUUUGCUUUUGAACUGAUGCAGGAUGGAGGGCUGAAGAAGCCCAAAGCUCGACCAGAAGAUGUUGUCAACUUGGACCUGAAAUCUACCCUAAGGGUUUUGUACAACCUGUUUACAAAAUACAAGAACGUUGAAUGACUUGGA